GUUAUGGAAAAGCAUUUCCCCGGAGGGUUGGGGACAGAAAACAGCUGAUCGGGUUCAGUCGGGCUGAGAACACGGAUACGAGUUCGUGCUGCUGUCAGACUGAAUUAACUUCACAGUCCCAGACCUGGUCCCCUCUGUUAGGCCUCUGUGACUGGAGUGGUCUCUGUCUGCGCUGGGCCUGCCCGUAAGCAACUGCUCCCUCUAUCUCCCUGAGUGCGUCUAGUUGACCUUCCUCUCAGCGACUCACAGGCCAGGCUAAAUAAUGGAUGAAGUGCCUGGAAAGAGCGGUAGCCUGGCGGGUAAGAGUUUUGGGCCACUAACCGAAAGGUUGCUGGAUCGAAUCCCCAAGCUGACAAGGUGUCAGGGGAGGGAGUAGAAUGUUCUGUAUUCUAAGAAGCACAAUGGGUUCUUGAGAUGCUUUGAUGCCUGACUCUUCCUGGUUCCUGAAGCACCACCUGCAGUGGCCUAUUAAGGGACUAGAAGUGAUCCAAUCCCCAUGCAUCCCCCACCUCUGACCAACCCCUGUCCUUACAUUCUCUCAUACUACUGCACUCUAAAAACAAGCUCUAUGCAGUAUUAGUCCAAAUCUCUGUUUAUAUUUUAUUCUCACAUUGAACAAUGUGACCUGGUUCCUCUUAGCUGUAACCACCUCACUUCAAGAUUUGCACCACAGCUCUCAGUAUGGACUCCCACCUGGGGACUUCUGUGUUGGGUCCACUUCCCAGAGAGUGUAGGCCUAACCAUCAAUGGUUGCAUUGCUGGCACUAACGGGGGCAGAGGCGAAGUAGUGUCACUGUUUUGGUCCCCCUCCCUCCAACCCAGAGGAAUACAGGAAGGAACACAGGAUUUAAGGACAGAUCGUGGUUCAAAGUAAUCUGGAUGGAUCUGUUCCAGCAGUAGAUGUUCCAUAAAGAUCUAGAGUAAGAACCAGUUGGUUCUCAGGUCUUGAAUGUCCAUACAUAGUCUUUAAAGCAUAUAGACCCAUGGAAGAGAGAUUGAUUCUCUGUUACUCACACAAAGAAUACCGACUUGGACCUUUACACCUUGGAGAUGUCUGCCACCUGACCUUCCAGCAGCUUUGAUUAUUUUUGUGUUCACUUUCAACUGAUAAACCCAGAACCAGAUCAGAACAUUGAAACGGGAGGUGUAGGAAGUCUGAGGUGGGCGGUGGUGUGGCAUGGCGGAGCACGGUGAGCUGCUCGGUGAGAUGGCCACGGUUGGGCGUCUGAGUGCCACGGAGCGCCUGAAACACGCCCAGAAGCGGCGCGCCCAGCAGCUGAAGGGCUGGGCCCAAAUGGACAAGGAUACGGCCCGUAGCAAGGCUGGACAGAAAGUGGACAAGAACAAGGGGUGCACGCGCAGGGUGGUCUUCCCCAACAACAUCACCCUGCUGGAGGCUGCAGCCCGCAAUGACCUGGAGGAAGUGAGGGAGCUGCUGAACGGUGGAGUCAGUCCAGAUCUGUACAACGAGGACGGACUCACUGCCCUGCACCAGUGCUGCAUUGAUGACUUUGUGGAGCUGGUACAGUGUCUGUUGGACGCCGGGGCCAGUGUGAACGCCUGUGACAGUGAGCUGUGGACGCCGCUCCACGCUGCUGCCACCUGUGGACACACAGCCCUGGUGCAGCUCCUGGUGCAGUCUGGUGCAGAGCUGCUGGCGGUCAACGCUGAUGGCAACAUGCCCUAUGACCUUUGUGAGGACGAGGCCACGCUGGAGCUGCUAGAGAUGGUCAUGGCAGAGCAGGGUAUAACCCAGGACCGUAUAAACCAGUGUCGUGGGGCUAAGGAGAUGGAGAUGCUGACGGACCUUCGAGCGCUGGUACAGAGUGGUGCGGACCUGAACGCUCAGGAUGACAACGGGGCCACACUGCUGCACUUAGCGGCGGCUAACGGCUACCUGUUGGUAGGGGAGCUGUUGUUGGAGCACCAGGCCAAAGUGGAGGAGAAGGACACAGACGGCUGGACACCACUCCAUGCCGCCUCCUGCUGGGGACAGGUCCAGAUGGUGGAGCUGCUGGUGGCUCAUGGGGCCAGUCUCAACACAAAGUCCGUCUUGGAAGAGACGCCGCUGGAUGUGUGUGUGGACGAGGAGGUGAGAGCCAAGCUGAUGGAGCUGAAGCACAAACACGACGCCAUCAUGAAGAGUCGGGACCGACACAAGGGCACUUUGCAGAGACGAGCAUCCAGCACUGGCAGCAGAGGUAAGGUGGUGCGGCGUGUGAGCAUCAAUGAGCGUUCCAGCCUGUACCGUCGGGAGCACCACAAGGAGGCCAUGGUGUGGCAGGAGAGAGGCCGACAAGCUGAGCCGCAGGACGACGACGAGGACAGACAGACGGACAACGAGCUCCACCAGCAUGUUGCCAUGGCUGCAGGUGCCAUGUUGAGGGGGGAGGAUGACGAGGGAGGGGAGAGGAAGUUCAAUCUGGGGAACGGUGGGAUGCCCCUGGCCCUGUCAGCGUCAGUCCCAGGGGAGCAGUGGAGCGGAGGCCGGAUGGACCGCAGCGCCUCUUACCAGCUGAGCCCUGCCUCGGGGAUUGGGGAGGCAGGGGACAGCAUGACCCGGGAGAAAUCCCACCAGACACUAGCGGACCUGAAACGCCAGCGGGCCGCAGCCAAGCUCAACAAGUACCCAGCCCCACCCCCCCCAGAGGAGAUGCCCCCUUCUCCCGCCCUUCUGCAGGAGGUGACCCCGUCCGGAGCCGCCCAGGAGACACCCAGCACAGAGGAGGUGCCCUCCCCCGGCACUGUGUACUUCACCCCAGCCAGCGGGGACCCGCCCCUGCUCAAACUACAAGCCCCAGAGGAGGACACCUCCAACAACACUAAGGAGCCCUGCUGUGGACUCAUGUAGGGACAAACACUUCCAAGCACCCACUGCCUGACUGGAAAUUAAAGUGGACGAUGUGUAACAAUCAAAAAUGAUUUCAAAACAAAACGCUACGGUGACGACCGGAUAUACUUUUAAGGAUUCAUUGCAGUUGGAUUUAUUCUAAGUUUAUUAUUUGGUUCCGUUAAGCGCCUACUUCCAUCAAUUACAUGCCAUUGAAUGUUUGGUCUACUCUCCAUUUUGGUCAAUGUAGUUAUACAUUCCAUCUUCUUGCACAGAUUUAUUUGUAGCCCUCCUUCCUGAAAUGUCUAAAACAAGAUUUAUCUAAUGGAGGGAAUGUAAAACAUUUUCCAAUAUAUGAGCACUUAAUGUUCCUCUGUUGAUAAGGGUGUGGCCAGAGCCAUAGAUUGACAUACAUGGAUAUUGCUCUGCAUAUGUCUAUAUGGACCGCGUAUAGAGAGAGACCUUAUGUGCCCACUUGGUGGCUUCUAAGAGAACUACAGAUUCCAGUAUUACUCCUUCAAUAGCUCGGAGUACUUUCUUUUGUUUAAUCCCUUUUUUCCAUGAUUGUUUGGGGCAGUUCAAUCAAAAGAGAGAGUUUUCUCAUAUCAAGCAUAUUAUAUAUGAACUGGCCAUCUGACUUAAGUAAAUAAGAUUUGCUCAUUUAAAGCAUAAAGGGGCUAGAGAAGCAUAAAUGAACCAAAGCUGAUUAUUUUACUUUUUCAAGCUGAUAAUCGGACCAAUGAAUGAUCAUUUUCUACUCAUGAUUGACUGAGCAUGAUUUGAGAUGUGCACUGUAAAUGGAUUUAAGAGAAGGAUAGAUUAGGAUCGAGAGUGAUUGUUACAAAAGGGUACAUAACAAUGGCAUUUGUUGGUGUUAUUUGUUUUUCAUACACACUCACACCAGUCUGUCUGUUGACAGGGUACCGAAGUGGGAGUGUUUGUAGAUGAUGGUUUCUCUUUCUUGUUGGUUUGAAUUUGCAUCAAAUUUACACACAUGUAGACAAGUGCUAUUUCCCUGCCCUUCUACUGAUCAGCAUUCAGCAGUAUCUCAAAAUUAUUGUUUUUUGUUUGUAAAUCAACCUACUGUUCCAGUGCACUAAGAACCUACAUUUUCUACAGUGUGAUUUGUAAAGAAGGGUUUCGUUUUCUAAAUGAUUGUAAGAGAUUAUCUAAUAUUAAUAUAAAUUGUGUUUUUGUCAUGGUGUUUGUCCCCCCUCAGGAUAAAAUGACUUCUUAUAGGCAUUUCUAUUUAAACUAUUUCUAUGCUGUGAAUAGGGAUGUACACGGUGUACAAAACAUUAGGAACACGUGCUCUUUCCAUGACAUGGACUGACCAGGUGAAUCCAGGUAAAGGCUAUGAUCCAUUAUUGAUGUCACUUGUUAAAUCCACUUCAGUCAGUGUAUAUGAAGGGGAGGAGACUGGUAAAAUAAGGAUGUUUAAGCCUUGAGACAUGGCUUGUGUAUGUGUGCUAGUCAGAGGGUGAAUGGGCAAGACAAUAUUUAAGUGCCUUUGAACGGGGUAUGGUAGUAAGUGCCAGACGCACCGGUUAGAGUGUGUCAAGAACUGCAACGCUGCUGGGUUUCACGUUCAACAGUUUCCCUUGUGUAUCAAGAAUGGUCCACCACCCAAAGGACACAAUUGUGGAACGCAUUGGCGUCAACAUGGACCAGCAUUCCUGUGGAAUGCUUUUGACACCCUGUAGAGUCCAUGCCCUGACAAAUUGAGGCUGUUCUGAGGGCAAAGGGGGGUGCACCUCAAUAUUACAAAGGUGUUCCUAAUGUCAUGUACACUCUGUGGAUAUGAAUGACAUUUCAUUUUUGUGUCAACACAAUUUGGCAACCCAUCCCUUACAGGAUUAUUUCACACACAAACUACAAUGAUUCACAGUGAUAGUUCUUCCGGUGUUCCGUACAGUGUGCACCUCAUAAGGAAUGAAAAAUAAAUCAAAACAUAAAUAGUAGAUACGGUUAUCCAAUCAAUAAUAACCCUAGGGCAGUAAAAAAUGAAAUAUAAUACUGAAAAAUGUAUUAUAUUUUUGUGUAUGGAGUAGAUAGACCUCAACCAUUCCUUUACAACAAACCAUUUCUGCCUAGAAACCAGGAUCUUCUACAUUGCUGCCUUAAUGAAAUGAAGGGGGCAUCAGAACAACUGACAGACCAUCUUGGUUAGCCUUGUCAAUGUGAUGGUUUGUCAACAGUAAGUGCCUUCUGUAGGGUUGAUUGGCUAAGUAUAAAUACUUUGCAUUGCUUGCACAAAGUUCCACAUAGACCGUGUGGAAUUCUGAUUGAUGUGAAGUAUGGGACUAAAUGCCUUUGACUCUCCUAAAUGUACAAUUGAAAUGUCUCCUUCCAUAAUGGAACUCAGUCCUCAAUUACACAUUUCCAUUUGUUUGUUUUAAUGUAGAACAUGAUUUGUACGGUUGUUGCCUGUUUAAAAAGUUUCAUGUUUUCACAGAUUUUUGUAUAAACUUUUUGGGGGGGGGGGUGCGACAUGGGCUUAGAGUACAUAUUUGGACAUGUAAUUUAUUUGUAUAUAUUGGGAGUAAGAUGGACAGUCGUGCUUGCUCGCCUAAUAGAUACACUAUAUAUACAUAAGUAUGUGAACACCUCUUCAAAUUAGCGCAUUCAACUAUUUCAGCCACACCUGUUGCUGACAGGUGUAUGAAGUUGAGCAUACAGCCAUGCAAUCUCCAUGGACAAACAUUUGUAGUAGAAUGGCUUUACUGAAGAGCUCAGUGACUUUCAACGUGGCACUGUCAUAGGAUGCCACCUUUCCAACUAGUCAGUUUGUCAAAUUUCUGCCCUGCUAGAGCUGCCCCAUUCAACUGUAAGUGCUGUUAUUGUGAAGUGGAAACAUCAUUUAGAAACAACGGCUCAGCCGUACCAGAAGUGGUAGGUCACACAAGCUCACAGAAUUGAACCACUGAAGUGCGUAGUGCAAACAAAUCGUCUGUCCUUGGUUGCAAUACUCACUACCGAGUUCCAACCUGCCUCUGGAAGCCAUGUCAGCACAAGAACUGUUUGUCGGGUUCUUCAUGAAAUGGGUUUCCAUGGCUGAGCAGCUGCAUGAUCACCAUGUGCAAUGCUAAGUGUCUGCUGGAGUGGUGUAAAGCUUACCGGCAUUGGACUCUGGAGCAGUGGUGAAUCUCACUUUACCAUCUGGCAAUCCUAUGGACAAAUCUGGGGUUUGGCAGAUGCCAGGAGAACGCUACUUGCCCCAAUGCAUAGUGCCAACUGUAAAGUUUGUUGGAGGAGGAAUAAUGGUCUGGGGCUGUUUUUCAUGGUUCGGGGUAGGUCCCUUUGUUCUAGUGAAGGCAAAUCUUAAAUAUAUAUGCCGGAGUGCACAAAGCGAGGUCCAUACAGAAAUGGUUUGUCGAGAUCGUUGUGGAAGAACUCGUCUGGCCUGCACAGAGCCCUGACCUCAACCCCAUCAAACACCUUUGGGAUGAAUUGGAACGCCGACUGCGAGCCAGGACAAAUUGCCCGACCUCACAAAGGCUGUUGUGGCUGAAUGGAAGAAAAUCCCCGCAGCAAUCUUCCAUCUCGUGGGAAGCCUUUCCAGAAGAGUGGAGGCUGUUAGAGCAGCAAAGGGGGGACCAACUCCAUAAUAAUGCCCAUGAUUUUGGAAUGAGAUGUUCGACGAGCAGGUGUCCACAUACUUUUGGUGAUGUAGUGUGUGUAUAUGUAGCGUCCUUCAUCUGCUCAUAACUACUUCAAGCCAGCAGGGGGACACUGAGGGAAGAAAACCAUGCUGCUCAACAUUCACACCAGUUUCCUUAUCUCUAUUGUACAUGAAAGUACCUGCACUGAGUAUUUGAAUGGUUGAAAUAUUGAAGGUUCCUGGAGUUCAUUGUCUUUCCUGUCCAGCUGAUGAAGAUGAACCAUAAAAGGGGGACCCUCUUGUUUCUGUGGGAUGGGGAAUGUGGAAGGACUCCAUGCUGUACACACUCAGACUGAUCAAGGACCUACAGUAGCUUACGUGUCAAUGUAUUUCUGAUACCUUCAUUUUGAUCACCUUACAAGUCUAGAGCCUUUGUAAAUAUUUUACAAUAAAUAUAUGUCAAACUUGA